AUGUCUUUACCAGCUACUUUUGAUUUGACUCCAGAGGAUGCCCAACUUUUGUUGGCCGCUAACACACACUUAGGUGCUAGAAACGUUCAAGUCCACCAAGAGCCAUACGUUUUCAAUGCUAGACCAGACGGUGUUCACGUUAUCAACGUUGGUAAGACCUGGGAAAAGUUGGUUUUGGCUGCUAGAAUUAUUGCUGCCAUUCCAAACCCAGAAGAUGUCGUUGCCAUCUCCUCCAGAACUUAUGGUCAAAGAGCUGUCUUGAAGUUUGCUGCUCACACUGGAGCUACUCCAAUUGCUGGUAGAUUCACCCCAGGUUCUUUCACCAAUUACAUCACCCGUUCUUUCAAGGAACCAAGAUUAGUUAUUGUCACCGAUCCAAGAUUAGAUGCUCAAGCCAUUAAGGAAGCUUCUUACGUUAACAUUCCAGUCAUUGCUUUGACUGAUUUGGACUCUCCAUCCGAGUUCGUUGAUGUCGCUAUCCCAUGUAACAACAGAGGUAAGCACUCCAUUGGUUUAAUCUGGUACUUGUUGGCCAGAGAAGUUUUGAGACUAAGAGGUGCUUUGGUCGACAGAACUCAACCAUGGUCUAUCAUGCCAGAUUUAUACUUCUACAGAAACCCAGAAGAAGCGGAGCAAGUUGCUGAAGAAGCUGUUGCCGAAGAGGGUGAAGAAGAAGAAGUCAAGGAAGAAGUUACUGAAGGUCAAGCUGAAGCUACUGAAUGGGCUGAAGAAAAUGCAGACAACGUUGAAUGGUAA